AUGGCUGAACUUUCAGAGAAGGCACACUUGCUUCACAGCAAGAUGUUGGAGUCUCCUUCCUCUACUCUUUUCAACCAAGAAGAGCUUCAACAGAUGCUCCAUAUAUCGACUCCAGUAGAGCUUCUCAACCUUGCACAGGAGUUGAUGAACAAAAAACUCGUUAAAUUGGUUAAACAAGAUGGUGACUUGAAGUUUCAGGCCGUUUCAACGACAGAAGCGAACAAAAUCACCCAGAUGACAGACGAUGAAGCCAUGGUUUAUUCUUAUAUUGAAGCCUCAGGAAGAGAAGGGAUAUGGACAAAAACCAUCAAGGCAAAAACCAACUUGCACCAGCAUGUUGUUGUAAGAUGCUUGAAGGCGUUGGAAAACCAGCGUUACAUCAAAUCUAUCAAAUCAGUCAAACACCCUACAAGAAAGAUCUACAUGUUGUACAACCUCCAGCCAUCUAUAGAAGUUACAGGUGGACCCUGGUUCACAGACUCCGAACUCGAUACUGAGUUUAUAGACUCACUUUUGACAGUCAUCUGGAGAUUCACUGCUUCCAAAACAUAUCCCACUGCAUUCCAGCCUCCUUCCUCUGCCAACAAUCCUAUACAAGCUUCGUAUCCUUCUAACCAUACAGGGUUUGUAAAUCUAGAUGCCAUUAUGGAGUUCAUCAUAGCCAACAAAAUCACCAAUAUCGAUCUCGGACUCAACGAUAUCAGGUCUCUUUGUGAUGUCUUAGUCUAUGACGACAAGUUGGAACUCAUCAGCCACACCACCGACACUUACAAGGCUACCUGGCAGAGUGUGUUAGAGGCCGGCUAUGGCAGAGCGUACAAUGAGGAAGGAAACGAGGGACUUAUUCUGGCCACGUUACGUAAAAACUUGAACAACCAGCCGUUCACUGUAUUUGAGCAUUAUGCUGUGAUAGCAGAGAAUGGAGAAGACUCCGAUAUCGUGUAUAUGGACGCAUGGAGUCAAGACUAG